AUGAGCAGCUCGGAGAUCUCCAACUUUGCGAAGCAGGACUCCCUGAGCCUGAGAUCAGAGAAUCCCCCCGUCAAUCCUCUAACUCAAGUUAGUUCGCCUGUAAUAGGAGGUCAGUUUGUGCAUUUUCUUUUGUGUAUCAAUUUAUUUUGUUUAUGAUUGUCACUGUCUUAAACUCUCGGCUGCAAGUUUUCACUUUUCCUGUCUUUAAGUAAUAAUAUCAUGCAAGGGGAAGAUCAUCAAUACCUCUCAACUGUAAGAGAGGUAUUGAUGCAGUAAAUCAAGCUGUAAGAUGUGGAUCAUCCAUUGGACUUGUUCCGCUAUCCCUCUCCUCUCUCCCCUUCUUCCCCUCUAUUUUUCGUUUUUUAAAUGUUUUUCGCACUGAAUGAAUGAAUGGUGGAGAAAAAGGGCUCCCAUCUCUUCUUCGGCAGGCAGACGUGAAAAUGGACUGAGAAGAGAGAGUGCACGACUUUCAGCAACAGCAACAAAAAGACAGAAGUCCACUAUCUGUUGGGGAGAGAAACGAGUUUGUUGCGGGUUGCAUUUCCCUUUUAGAGCCACACAAAAGAAAGAUGGACCGGGGUCUCAUUAAUGUCUUCCUGACCCAAAUCCCCUAAUCCCUAUGCCAGGAGAUUCGAGGAACUGCCUCCAUCUUUAUGAUUGUACAUGUCUAAUCGAGUAAUUGAAUAAUUACGGUUUAGUUUGUAAAUUAAUCACAGGUCUAGUUCAGCCAGCAGAUAAUUGGUUUUGUAAAUAGACGAAAAGUGAUGACAUUUUGAUUACUUGGUGCCUCUUCGUCUGUUUUCCAUUACUUCUUUAAAACUUUUUCGAUAAAACUUUUGCUUUUUGUUAGUUUUCUUAUCACAUUUACCUCUUUAACGUGGUUCUAUCGAUUAGUUUCACGUUCUUUGAGAGUGUGUUCGGAUAAUACCGUCGAUGGUCGCUUUGACUCUCCGGUAGUUUUAGCAUUUCUUCUGCUUAGUUUGAAGAUAUGCAUCAGACGAUUCUUGUUUGAAUUAAGACAUCUUAGGAUACAUAGCCGCAUGGCAGUCAUUACCCGAUGGCGUUUUGUGACUACAAAUCGUGUCAGUCUCCUUCGGAGGCAGUGGAGAUCUUAAUUGGUGUCGCCUCAUAUUAUGUUCCCAGGUGAAAAUAUUGGACUAGUCUUACUUAACUCGAGUUUCCCUCUUUUGUUGGUUUUUGUGGCGGUGCCGGGAAACGUGGAGCCCGGCUAUACGAGGACGAAAAAACACAUACACUCGCAGACGGGACGCUGCGUGGGCCCUGAGGCAGCCGAGAACGGGGCGAGCAAGGGGGGAUGUAGAUGUCGGCCGCUUAGUGUUCAUGCCCGUGGGGUCUGGUGGCAUCGGCCGACUCAUUGGCAGUUUGCCUGCGUGAGACCUCAUUACCUGAGAACGUUCUUCUUCUUUUUGUUUCCCUCUAUUUCCUUUGGUUUAUAGCACAACGCCACCUUGAUGCAUACACCACUUCUCCCUCCCCUUUUUUGCCUGCGCUUCUUAUCAAGCCAGGGCGGCAUUUCUCUGCUAUUUCCCCGUUUUACACUACCAAUGCAAUUGUAGUGUGUCGCUGCCUGGGACGUCAUUUAUCGAAGGGUUUUUAGAAAGGAAACGUCGAGCGACAGACGACGCGACCCCCACCGAUUGGAAGUCCUCCAGGCCCAAACUCGAACAAACCAUGACCGACGACGACUGGCCGUCCCAGAACUUCCGUGAUCAUGUCAUCAACAGAUUGUAAGUGGCGCGAGAACUUAAUUUUAUACCUUUUCAGGGAACCUGAACUGGCGAGGAAUCGGCAGAAUGCCCCCAACCUUCCGGUUCCUGGGGAUGCCAGACAAGUCGAGGAAUAUGUUUUCCAAAAGUGUGUUAGUAAAGAUGAGUAUAUGAGAACCAUUGCCAAGGUCAUAAAUGCCAUAAACUGCAACUCGAAGACUGUAGUGGUGCCUACUGUAAUUCAUAAUGGCAACAACCAAGCAAACACAACCUCUCCCGGUCAGACGGCUACGGCCAACAAUGUUCUGGGCAACAAGCCUCAAAUGAGACCUCAGGUGAGCUCAACUAAAUGCGCGAUGAUAAUUAAACUGCCCCAUAUAACCGUCUUCUAAUUGCAGGUGCCACCUGAUCCCCGUCCUACACAUCAACGAGGUCUUAAUCUUGACAUUCAAAAUGGGUCCAGAUUCCAGACACCACCAUUGGGUCAGCCACCUCCGGUAAUCAAUACCUCCCAUCCAGUUAAUAAUAUGGUUCAGCCUCAGAUGAGCUCACCCAUCACAUCCAGUUUACCCAACCCCAUGAAGAUGCCUCCAGUUCAGAAUCCCCCUCCCAAUCAGUAUGCCAAUUAUGGUCAAUGUAAGUUCGAUCUCCUACGUUAUAUCUUCUGAUUAGAUAACAACAACCCACGAAUGCCCAGCGGAAACCAAUAUGGCGCCCCUAUGCCAGAGAAUCCUAUUGGAUACAACAACAUUCCGCCAAAAGGAUACGAUUCCAUGGCUACCAAAAUGGAGCCAGCUGUGCCUCUUGGCCAAUCAAACUCGGUAGAACAGCAGAUGAUGCAACAGCAACAGAGGAUGUGGACUCCUAAUGGUCCCGCUGAUCAGCUCACGGGACGUCCGAUAUAUCCCAACCAAGUGCAUCCAGGCCUUCUGAAUGAUUACGACCUGCCUCCUAACAUCGCAUGCCACUUCAAGAGGCCGGAAGAUGCUCGAGCCUAUAAAGAAAAGAUCCGUACUCUCUCUAAAUACACCAACACCAUCAGAAAUAUGAUACAAAUUGCCAAUCCGGAGUCGGCGACCAAAUUACAAUUUGCUUUGGAGGGAAUUACUUUCCAAAAGUUCAUGAGUCAAGAGAAUAUUAAGGGCAUUGAGAGCUUCGUUCAAAGGGAACUGAGCCAUCAACAACAGCCAUACAGAGAGAACAUGAACAUGAUGGGCGACCAGAUGAUGGUGAACGCUCCUCCGAUGAAUGCUUACGGACAGACAUCGAUGGCCUCCAAUUGGCAACAGAAUCCCUGGCCGCAAAAUGUUCAGGGUUCUGCCACUAACCCCAAUAUGAUGCCCCAGAACCAUUCCCAAUAUGCUCCUCCCGGUUCCUAUGCGUCUAGUUCUUCAGUAUAUGGUCAGCCAACUCCCCAACCUCUUUCGACCGGUCGUCCAUCUCCAUAUCCUCUACCUCCACAUCACAAAAUGUACUCCACUGGUGGAAUUAUGCAACAAAAUCACCACCAGCCCAUGACACAACAGCCUUCCUCGUAUCAGCAGCCUUAUCAAUACAUGCCACCCCAACCGUUACCCAUGAGCUCCCAACCAAACCAAAUGAUCCCCAACAGUCAGCCGAGUCAGAUGAACAUGACCUACGAUGAUCAACUACAAUGUCCACCGAUGGAUGCUACGAAUAUGAUGCCCCGAGGCUAUGAUGGGAAUCUAAUGCAGGCUCAGGUCACCACAGAGAUGGGUGUGGGCGGAGGAGUCCUCAUGAAGUUGCCUGAGCAAGCACGGACCGAAUUUGCCAACUUUGAUCAAAACAUUUCUUAUAUAUCUGUGGAACCAAGCAAUGAUGGAAUGUACUUCAUCGUUGUUUGUGCGUUGAGUAAGUAGAAUCACAAAAUAACCUUUGUUUUCUCUUGCAUAUUUCAUCCUUUCCGUUGCAGAGCGAGAACAGAUCCCGAAUCUUCGGGUUUCAGUGCCACGGAAUUAUCCAAACCAACUAGCCACUGUUGAACGUGCUGCUUUAGAUUUGGGUAGGUCAAAGGCAUAGGAUUACAUCCUGCGUUUAGAUUCAUUCUAUUUCGACGACCUUCAAAACGCUAUCCAUGAGCAAUUGAGCAAGGCCCCGAUGCAUUCAGUAACAGACAUCUUGAAUAUUUGGGUAAGUACGAAACCAUCCGCUUAUGCUUUAGGAGAAUACCGUCAUGCAAUUCUUCAAUAAUCAGAGUUUGGGAGGUGGAGGAUUCGACGAUCUUCUGACUGGCACCAACUUUGGCGACCUCACAUAA